AAUAAAAUAUUGCUAAGACUCCUCGCAAAAGAUUAAAAAAAAAAGUAGGAUGAGGGGUAGAUUGGUAAGAGCAAGACUGUAACGAGGGGCAAACUGCAAUAACAUCCAUGAACUGAAAAUAGAACAAUCCCCAUUGGCCACGCGCAAUUCUACUGCAAACCCCGAGACUUGUUCAUGCCAAGUGAUCAUCUCGAUGUCUCCUAAUCCCAAUCCGUUCGACGACGAAAAUGUCAAUCCUACCGCGGCACAUUAACAUUGCAGGUUAUGAGUUCAUCGUCGUGUGCGAUGUGUUUCAGAGCGGUGCGGCGACGGCAUCAGCGCCGGCGCCGGGGAAGAAGAAAUCAUGGAUGCCGGCGGGCUUGGGAGGCAGCGGCAAGCACGGCGCCACCAUCGACAUCCCCCUAGAGGAUCCAAGGAAGAAGGAGAAAGAACUCUUGGCAUGGGAGGAGGAUUUGAGGCGGAGGGAGCGGGAUAUCAAACAGAGGGAGAAUGCAAUGGACAGAGCUGGGGUCACUGUAGAAGUGAAAAAUUGGCCACCUUUCUUCCCAAUCAUCCAUCAUGAUAUAACCAAUGAAAUACCAAUCCAUGCUCAGAAGUUGCAAUACAUGGCAUUUGCUAGUUGGCUAGGACUAGUGGUAUGCCUCAGUUGGAAUGUGUUAGCUGUCUUAAUUGAAUCAAUUCAUACCGAAGAUAUUGUGCUUUUUCUCCUUGCCAUCAUCUACGCAAUAUCUGGAUGUCCUCUUUCAUACAUACUGUGGUACAGGCCUCUGUACUGUGCAAUGAGAACUGAUAGCAUGGUUACCUUUGGUCAGUUCUUCGUCUUCUACUCGAUGCAUGUUGGGUUUUGUGUCAUUGCUGCAGUUGCUCCUCCAAUAAUAUUCAAAGGAAAUACUCUUACGGGAAUUCUGGUUGCAAUGGAAGUUUUAACUGGAAAUAUGUUCACUGGGGUGCUUUAUCUAAUUGGAUUUGCUUUUUUCACCUUGGAAUCUAUUAUAAGCAUCUGGGUGCUUGAGAAAGUCUACAUGUAUUUCAGAGGGCACAGGUGAAGAAGGAAAAUGCUGAGGAAAUCAUUCUAAGCAACAGUUUCUCCAAAAGCAAAUACCAGGUUUUACAGCAGGAAGUUUGAAAUUGGAAAUUUACGGAGAAUGCACGGGUUUCAUUUUACUAAUCUUUGGAGGAUGCAGUUUUUAGAUGUGUUGCUUAUGACAGAAGUGUAUAUGAUGUCAAGAUCUAUCGUCUGCCCAAGAUUUCGGAUAACAUGUUUGAAUUUCCCUUCAUAGUGUUUGUUUCUUUCCCAUUAAGACCAUCAGAUUGAAGAUUAGGAAUGCUCUUUUGUGAUGUUUUAUAGGUUUAUGAUCAGUGUAACAAGUAUUGCUUCAUUUGACACUUCUGAAUAAACCCUAUUGGCAAGUUUCAAGUUCAAUUCUUGACUCCCUCAGACUCUCAGUCUACCAUAGCUCAAAGUUUAAUCCAACAGGAAAAUAAAAAAGUGUCU